UCAUUCAAUGCUGAUUCCUGUUAUUAGUUGCGUGAUUAAAGGAGUCAAGUUGGAGUGGGUGGUGGUUGAGUCAUGCCUUGUUUUUUUGGUUGAACACAGCUGCAGAAUAUAUUGAUACUUGUCACCAUGUUUCUCUGGCGGAAUAAUACCAGCCAUGAUCAAGAAAAUGAUUCACUGCAGCAUGAAUCUAAGAUCAAUGAGCUCAAGGCUACUAUUGGACCGCUAUCUGGACACAGUUUACAAUAUUGCAGUGACGCAUGCUUUAGAAGAUAUCUGGAUGCUAGGAACUGGAAUGUAGACAAAGCAAAAAAAAUGCUGGAAGAAACGAUUAAAUGGAGAUCGACAUUUAAACCUGAAGAGAUUUGCUGGCAUGAAGUUGCUGUUGAAGGUGAGACUGGAAAAAUAUACAGAGCGAAUUUUCAUGACCGACAAGGAAGGACAGUUCUUAUUUUAAGACCAGGAAUGCAGAAUACAAAGUCAAUAGACAAUCAGAUGCGGCAUCUGACAUAUCUCAUCGAGAAUGCUAUCCUCAACCUACCAGAGGGUCAAGAACAAAUGGCGUGGUUGAUAGAUUUCACUGGGUUGUCUAUAAACAACACUCCACCUAUAAAAUCAGCUCGUGAUACUGUUAAUAUACUGCAAAACCACUACCCUGAGAGGCUAGCCGUGGCAUUUCUUUACAAUCCUCCACGAAUUUUUGAAGCAUUCUGGAAGAUUGUCAAGUAUUUCUUGGAUGCCAAAACAUUCCAGAAGGUAAAAUUUGUGUACCCCAAGGAUAAUGACAGUGUCGAACUCAUGAGGUCAUAUUUCGACGAUGAAAAUCUUCCAACCGAGUUUGGAGGAAGGGCCAUAUUGAAGUAUGACCAUGAAGUGUUCUCAAAAUUAAUGACUGAAGAUGAUGCGAAGGCCGCUUCAUUUUGGGGAUUUGACAAGAAGCUUCAACAAGCAAUAAAUGGGCAUCAUGGAGCCGAUGGGGCUCCAUCACCGGUCAGCUAGGCCGCCAAUCUCAGUGUAUUAUCGUAAUAAAGUAUAGACCAUAUGUAGUCUGUACACCUGAAAGGGAGCUGUGGUAUUGGAUGAGAUGCUCAUCUUAAUUUCACUAGCGAAAACUGCCAAGAUAGGAUAAUAGCGGAAGCAGCUUGCUUUUUACUACUCAUGGGAACGUUUAAGUUUCCACCCCAUGUACUGUUGUACUGUAUUAAUGCUCAUUGCAACUCAGAUUCUCAUGAAUUCAGCAAAAUUUAAUAUAUCUAUC